AUGGAACGUCUCCAGCAGCCAGGAGCGCCCCGUUCUUCAAUGGGGCCCACGCGCGUUGAGGAAUCUUCUCCUGCAGCGUCACGAACUCCCGGUUGGACUGUAGGCAUGCUCAGAAGCGUCACGGAGCAGUGGAAAAUAUCCGGAGCUCCCGAGUCUUUCUGUAGAGAUGACCAGGCCUCCUCAAGCCUUCCGCAGAGAGGCCAGGCUACGGCGGACCAGGAGCAUAAUCCCAGUGCAGACAACUCCCAAGAAUUAUCAUGGCAUCAGUCUUUAGGCUGUGAAUCAUUAGAGCUGCCUCAGAGAGGCUACCUGGAAUCCUAUGCUACAGGAUCCAGCUGUGGGACAACUUGCGGGAGCAUGGGCACACAGAGCUCUUCGGCAUCACAGUUUAGUGCCGCUUCCCCAUCAAGAAGUGUAGAUACUGUGUUAUACCAGCGCACGAUAAAUGCUGGUAGCUGGGCGUAUUUGGAAGACUGCCACGCGUCUCUCGGCUCGUCUGCAGCUUCGGUAUCGAGGAGUAGCGGAUCUCCAGCCUACGGCCCUUCGGCCUUUAAUCAUCUUCCUCAUAACACUGCUGUAACGUCGGCAGGUGUUCUCCCCUACACUGUUUUAGAGGAGGAGCUGCCUUCCUUACAAGUGGUCCUAAGGAGCAACCCGUCGGUAACUUUCGCGGAGAGGCCGCAGGAAAGUGGAUCUCGACUUGGACCUCCAGGCCACUCGACGUCACCGUGUCGGUCCGCGCCCAUGCCGAGCUGCAAGCGGCGCGAUGGCGCAUCUACGAGGCAGAGCGUGCACACGCCUAGCACGCACACCGUAAGAUGCGGUCCCUUUGGGCCCAGGACAGGUUCCACGCCGAUGAUGACACCUGUUGGAGUUCCAGUGACGAGGCACUUUGAUCCACUUCGCGCUUCACCGUUUGAUCUUGCCAAGUUUGACAGGCGUGAUCCGUAUCGGCACUUUUAUAUACCAGUUGACUGUCCGUUAGCAAGGAGAUGCUGCAAUGGCGUAUGCCCAUUGGCUCACACGAAGCUGGAGAAGAUUUUCCAUCCAAUUGUAUACAAAACGCAAAGGUGUCAGAUGGCCCAGGUUGCUCAGACUGGUCGGUGCCAGUAUAUCCACAAGUGUGCAUUUUUUCAUACUGAAGAGGACAGGCAAGAAGCUGAGCUGCACUGGAAGGCUUGGGAAGCUGAGUGGGUUUCGUGGCGGCAGCAAAUAGACAAUCUCCUACUCAGGCAUCACAAGCUUGAGAAGGAGAUACGACGAAAAGUCGAGGGCAUAAUUAAAAUCCGCAUGCCUCGGCCAGGGUCAGGAGAUGUUAUUGGGAGAUGUUUAGCUAAUCUCGGCGUUUUGACCAAGUGCAAUGAGCAGCAGAAGGCCUUUAUUCAGCAGAGCUCCCGUGGAGUGGGGCCUGGUCCCAAGGAUUCUGGACUAAGCUCGGCUGUUUCGUCUACAGCAGAGAAAAAUUUUGCGGAAGUUGAGGGCACGAAUGAUGGCGUUUCUGGAGUUGCACAUUCAAUCAAGAGGCAAUCAGGCGCGCCGAACCCACCUUUGGAGAAGCAAGGGGGUUUCUGCAGUGUGACUGAAGGCACGUUGUUUGGCUGUAAGGCCCCUGUGACGGCAAUUGGCACAACUAGUCGUGCAGCCGCGUCCCAGACAGAAUCAUCUUUGUACACGGGCACAGAUUGGUCGUAUUCAGGUUCUGGAAGUGUAGGGGCUUCGCAUCAGUGCAAGCAGGCCGGUGGCCUUUGGGGCAUCGUGAAGACCUCCAGUAUCGGCACUUCCGGCAUCAGCACCAGCUCACCGGCUGUUUCAAAGGAACAGGGUUCAUUGCUCUGGCGAGCAGAACGGGCUUCUGCUCGUGCCGUCUCCAAAGCUGAACUGGAUUCAGGAGAUAAGGGAUUGUCUACGGUGACUUCGUCGGGAAGACAGCAAACUACGGCGGUUUCGACCCCCAACGCUGCUUCAGUGGUAUCGGAAACGUCGAGGGCGACGAGUGCUGCGUGGCUCGGAGACGGCCAGAAAUUGUGUGGGGCGAAGGCGGCAUGGACGAAGGAAAGAGUGGCCAGUUUAGAGGCCCAGGGAGGCAGUGAUGGAACGCUCCAGUGCUUGGAAGGAGCCUCCAUCUGCAACUGUGGCCAGAACAUUUCUGGCUUGGGAAGGACAUUGACUGGAUCUCUGACUGCACAAGACGAGUUCCUUGCAAAUCAGGUACCCCUUGCUGUGUCAGAGGGUGAGGAGUCGGUCCUCCACGCAACACAGGCCUCACGGAUUUUGCCUUACUCACUUAGUGGCACUCAGCUGGAUGCGGUCCCCCAGCAUGUGGUACAGAGGGAGUAUGUUGCACGAAUGGGAAAGCUUGGCAGCAUCGCACCUCCGGGAUCAAGGAUAUCUCGGGACACUUGCAACACCGCUUCUGUAACUUCUUCUCGCAGUGAACAGCGCGGUGGGGACAGAACACAUGCCAGUAGGAGUUCAACCUUUUCAUCAGGAUAUGAUGGAAAUACACGGCCAGAAGUGGAGAGAAAGUUCGACCCUGCCAACCUUCUUCCACUAACAGAGAGCCAGCUGGACGACUCGGGAAAAAUAUGUCUGGUUAGAGCACCGUACCGCUCAGCUGAUGACGAUGCACAAAACUAUAAGUUGGAGGGGCCAGGAUAUGCCUCUUACUGGAGUUCAGAGGAACAGGCUGCAGAAGGCCGCAUUGCUAUACCAGAAGCACACAAAACAGUAGUCCCGUCAACGGAAAUCGAUACAGCUGUGCGCCAGCCGCAAAGUUCCCUCAGUAGAGACUGUGCGCCACUCUCUAAAGAUGAGUGGCACUUCCUCAUGAGGAAUCUGAACCACCUGCUGCGUGCGGCAGCAGAAGAAAUUCUACGCCUGGAUGUUGGGCGGGUCCGAGACACAGGCAGCACGGAUGAACGGCGGCAGAGCAAAGAUCAAGUCAACAUUGAGCCAUCGGAGCAGAUGGCGCAUGAUUGCACAGGUCUUCAAAACACAGGGCCUACUCACCCUGAAGCGACGCUAGCUGUUCAGGACACCAACGUAUCUUCACCGUCUCGAGAGAGCAAGGUGCCAGCCGAAUCGGAUACAGGCUUUCAGCCACACCAGCACGCUCCAGAUUGA